GGGCAGGAUCAGUCUUCGCAGUAGGGUGGGCUUUAGUCAGCUUUCCCUCUUGUCCCUCUCUCUCAGCCACCACUUCUCAUCCCUCUGCUUGAGUGCAGCUGUAAAUAUAGCUCGGCCUCCCUGGGCGUGUCUGGAGAGAUGCUGCUUUGGCAUAAAUGCAGGACAGACGAAAACUAGCUGUGUUUCUGCAGGACUGACCAAUACUAGCUGAACUUCGGAGAGACGGAAAGAGAGCAACUACUCACACAGCUCACAACAGAGGUCUUCAGACCAAAGGGGUGCUUUGCCAUGGACUUGAAUUACUUGGGUAAGCCCACAACCGAAGGGAUGGAGUACCGCAACGUAUGUUUAGUGACCAGAAUGGAGGACGCCAGGUGUGAGGAAGAGGAUAUUAACGAGCAAGAGGAAAAUGAAGAUCAGUCUGAGGGCGUGAUGGUGUGGGAGAAGUUUGAACAUUUGGCGCCAGAGAAAAAGAAAAAGGCUUGGGAGCCAAGCAACGAAACCUUCAGUUUUGCUGGACAAGAAAUAUGCAUCAAGGAGUCUGUCGAUUCCUUUGGCGCCCUCACCUGGCCAGGGGCUCCGGCUCUUUGUGAGUACUUGGAGAAUAACCCUGAGCAGAUUGAUCUAAGGGACAAGGCAGUGCUGGAGAUAGGAGCAGGGACCGGCCUGGUGUCCAUAGUGGCCUGCUUACUAGGGGCUUGGGUCACUGCAACAGACUUGCCUGGCAUCCUGGAUAACUUGAGGUACAACCUCUCACGGAACACCCGUGGCCGCUGCCGCUACACCCCCCAGGUGGCUGCCCUGGCGUGGGGACACAACCUCCAGCGCACCUUCCCCUCCUCCAUCUUCCACUAUGACUAUGUCCUGGCUGCAGAUGUCGUCUACCACCACGACUGUCUGGACGAACUGCUGGUGACCAUGGAGCACUUCUGCCGUCCUGGGACCACUCUUAUUUGGUCUAACAAGGUACGGUUUGAGACUGACCAUCGAUUCACAGAGCGCUUCAAGAAUGCUUUUGACACGACCGUGCUUGCUGAGAUACCACAGGAGCAAAUCAAGAUCUACAAGGCCACUUUCAAGAAAUGAAGAGCAAAGAGAACAAGAGAGCGAAACUCUUUUAGAUAAGAAGGGAAAGUGAGGUCUAUUAAGGAUUGAUUAAGGGGUUGAUUAAGAGGUUGAUUAAGGACU